AUGACAUUAUAUAGGGGAAGAUCAAGAAUUGAGUUAGAUAUAGAAAAAAAUAGAAAUGAAGGAAAUUGGAGAAAAGUUUCGGAUCUUGUUUAUCAACUUAAUGUUAAAAAUAUUAAUAAUGAUAACUUAGCUGCAUUUUUGAAAAAUGAGUGUGCUUUAGAACAAUAUCUUGAGGAUAAUGCACCAAAUGAAAAGAAUAUUCCAAAAGCAUUAAACAAUCUUUUAGAUGUAAAAUAUUCUCUCAUCAAUCUAAUAAAUUCUAUUUCUGUUAAAAAUAAUCAGCAAGAUAUUGCAUUUGAAUCUGAAUUAUUACUGGCAAAAUUAUAUUAUGCAUGUGGACAGGAACAAGAAGUAUUGAACAUUUACAAGAACUUAGACCUAGUUCAUAUGUGGAAUCCAUCUAAUGCUAGUAUCCGAAAUAUUGGAUUAGUUGCAGAACUUUAUGCUAUGAAUGCAUUUUGUUUGGAAAGAAAGCCUCCUUCCUAUCUUUCUAGAUCAAUACAUGAUACUGAUACUUUUACGAACACCCAAGAUAUCUUCUUAGAGUCAUCCAACUCGGAUCACAGCAUAUCUCACCAACUCACGCUGGAACGUCAAUGCCGACAAUCCUGGCGGACCCAAAUAGUUUCAGAUCUUAAAUGUUCCUUGCUCUACGGAUACUCCUACUUGCAAAAGAAAUUUGAGAAAGUUAACUCUUCCGCAGGAGCCGUUACUCUUACGGCGCCUAUCGAUGACGUUUCGACAUCCGUAUCUACGGUACCCCCUUAUGACCUUGAUUCUCGGAACGGUAGCUCCAGCAUUAGAGAUAGGAGGAAAAAGAAAUUGACUGGGGGUGGAGGGGAAAACAAAGCGCUUAAACAUGACAAGAUUUCUUUCAAAGGAGGAAUUAAGAAAGCGAAACGCAUUGUAGAGAAAAAGAGGACGAUAGAAAUGGAGAAGGAUAAAAUACAGAGCGGCGAAAACGUAGAGCUAUCCACACUAUCGGCACCACAUCGAGACACGCUCAGUAAAAUUAAGCUCAAUACUGAUAAGGAUAUCAGAUCUUCCGACUCAGGCAUCCAUAGAAUUAGCACAAAUCUAAGUCCUUUGUGUCCCAGCGUCAGUCCUCCAUAUAACGCCGAUUCGGAUGAGGCCAACGAUAGCGAUGGAAAUAACACUUAUCCUUCCCCACCUUCUGGAUAUGUGUUGGAAAAGGCUUUCCUCAAAUUACCUAUCAUUUUCCUUAAAUCUGGUCAAAUCCUCAAAGCCAUUAUCGUUUAUCGUUAUCAAUUGAGUUUGGUGGAAACCAAAUAUACGCAAAGCAUUAGACAAGUGUUGUGUCGACAACUCAUAGAAGUUAUGAUGAAGGGAGUCUGUCAUUCUACCUACGUCCCUAUACAUUUAUCCGAUCGAACUCUUGAGAAUGAACUGACUAAUGAUAAAAGUGAUAUAUUCAAUAGACUAUCAGUCAAUAGAAAUUCAUCUAUCAAGGAUACCUCUUCUAAACAAACGCCUGCUGACGCUCUAUCCCGCGCCUUCCAUUUACUUACCCUCACUCCAACUUCAAGUUCAUCCAUGUCUUCCCUCACUCCCCUAACUCCCGGUUCUUUAAACCUGACCCUGAAUCCUAAAAGCCAUUUCAAUUCUUUUCCUUCACUUUUUUCCCCGUCAUUCCUCUUCGACGAACUUUUAUUAUUAGCUCUUAUAUGCCGGGCGCUUGCGAAUUCGGCUGCAAUCCUGAGUCUCGCACCUGAACAUGAAGAGGCCCGGGUCGUAUCCGCCGAUGAUGUGGCACGAGUAAACGACGCUCUCUCUCUGACGAUCGGAUUUGGGGCGGGGCCCGAGCCCAGUUGUUCUAUUGGAUUUGGAGUGAGGAGCCUAGCCAAUAUUCGUAGGUAUAAACUACUCGCUAUUACCCUUGAACGUUCGGUCAAAUUCAACCCAGACAAAUUUCACACAUGGUACCAGUUUGCUCUAUCACUUUACACUUCCGCCUUUUCCAACUCUACAUGCUCACUCGACAACAAUCAUAAUUUCCCUCUUUCAUUUUCGGCUACCUUUAGCCAUCAAAAUGGCAACGAACAUCGAGGAGGUGAUAUGUAUAAAACCUUGAGAGCACUUGAAGAAUGUCAUAGAAUGAGACCGAAUAAUAUUACGGUUUUAUUAUUCCUUUCCAGAGUAUGCCUCGAGGGACUUUCCGAUAUAGACAGAGGCAUCGAAUUCGCCUUGAAAGCCGUAGAUUUGUGCCAGCAAUACCAUCAGCAACAACAUACCCACCAACCAUUUAACAACCGAAAUUCUGAUUUCUGCGAAGGAGGGUCUAACUCACUAAGCUCUGCUCGAACGUAUAACGCUUUGGGGUUAGGUUAUUUUUACAAAUCCAAGAUGGCAGAUAUAGCUUAUUCUCAUCCUCAAAGAAUUAGAUACUUACAGUUGGCCCUCGAAAAUUUUAAAAAAGCUCUGAACAUAGACCCCCAAAAUUUGGAUUUCGCAUUCAACUUAGCUCUACAGCACGCGAUAUUGAGGCAAUUGCCUCAAGCCACCAAACUGGCGGAGCUUUGUCUAGUCACCGAAUUGAAUCAUUUCCAGGCUUGCCAUUUGUUGAUUUUACUUAAAACAGCGCCUUCUUUCCCUCGUUCCACUUUAGCGCCAAGAUUUUUAAAACAAAAAAAUAAUAACUCAGCUGGCUAUGAAACGAAUCCUUUGUUAGACGAUUUACGGAGGGGACAGGACGAAAAGCAUAAUCUAAAACAGGCACUAGAAUUGGUUGAUUCCCUCAUACAACAGUGCCCUAAAAAUUUUAACUUAUACUUCACCAAAGCUGAAAUAGAAGGUAAACAUUUCGGUUAUGAGACGGCGCUCAUGACAUAUAGAGCCAUGCUCAAUAUUUGGAAGGAAAUGAGAGACAGAUAUAUCGAAAGAGAAUCCGAAUAUUAUAAUUUAGUCAAAAAAUGGGAACAACGAUCUAAAGUUGACGUUUAUGAAAAGGAAACAAAUGCUUCUCUUUACGGCGGAGGAACCUUAUCAUUUAGUAAACCUAUGGACCUAGCGGCUACUUCUGAAAUGAUAUCAUUGACGAACACGCAACAAAGCAACGAUAGUUUUAGAUCUCACCAUAUGAGUAACUUUCAAGCUAUACAGUUUCACGUUUGGCUUAAAAUAGCUCAAUUGUAUAUGGAUCAACAGCUUUUAGAAGACGCUUACAUGGCAAUCAAAGAAGCGGAAGAAAUUUCUAGAACCUCUCAUCAUAUUUUAGACAUGUGGGGUAAAUUUUAUAUGUGCCUCGACGAUGCUCAGACCGCCAAGGAGUAUUUCGAAAGUUCUCUAUCAAUCAACCCUAAUUUUGUGGACGCCUUACAAGAUUUAUCUUUGGCGUACUUUUACCUUCAAAACUUUGAAAUGGCAGAAACGAAAAUCAGGGAGGCUCUAAAAAUUGAACCCACGUCUCAUAAAUCAUGGUAUUAUUUAGGCCACAUUUAUCACAUGAACGAAAAUAAAAUUAGCGUCAAAGACCUGGCUUCCGAUUAUUAUUUUACGGCUCUUGAUCUUCAUUCGUCAAGCCCAGUGCGAACUUACGAUAUAUUGAGACCUAUAUUUUGAAUUCUAUAUUUGAAAAAUAUCUUUCUAUAAUAUUUAUUUAAUCCCUCCUAGCCAAUUAUGAACAAAUUAAAUUAUAAAUGGAGGUAUUCUUUUAAAAAAAAUUCAUUUAAAAAUCAGUACUGUAACCAGAUAUUUCCUCUUUAUAAUUUGUAUAUUUAGUCUGUUAUGCUAAAAUUGCUUGCAAUAGACUCUUAAAACUAAUAGUAUUCAUAUCUCAUAUCCAUUUUUGACAGGGUUUUAUUGAUACAUAUAUCUCGAUAUUAGUAUGUGAUGAUGAUCAUAUAUUGGUAAAUAGAUUGUUGUAAAUGUUUUCGUGCAAUAUUGUUUUCUUUUUAAAUUUCCACAAAUUCCGUUUGGGUGCAGGUAAAAAUUUUAUAUAUCAGAACAGGUCCCUUAAAUUAGACUCACGCUAUAGUUUCGGGCCAUGAAUACUGUACAUUUAAUUAACAUUUUUUAAGAUGUAAAAGGAUUUAAUUUUUUACAUAUAUCUAUCACCAUUAUGGCCGAGCUACUAAAAUUUUUAUUAUAAAUAUUUUUUUUAAUGUAAUUUAUUGUUAAAUUAUAUAUUUUAAUUACAUUUAUCAUAGAUUUAUUGUUUAUCACA